GCCGGGCCUUGUUGAAGUACUCGGCAACUACACCAACCUGCCGAAACCGCUCCUCCAGGUUUAGGCUGCCGACGGUCUGGCCGUUGUCAACGUUUCAGUGGCUAAAUCUGUACACUCGUCCUGAGUGUCUGACAGCCAGCUAUCUAGUCGAGCCUUUUCUUCUUGCCUCGCCGUAUAAGGGAUCUUUCCCCACCGGUACCAUCACUUGUUCCGAAGCGAAGAGGAUACACCUGCGCGUUUUGUGCUAGAUAGGACCUCGAGUCCGAAGCACGUUUUCAUAUCCGUGGAAGUCAUCGCCAGAGGUCUUCGACGACGCAUCUACCUGUUCCACGGAUUCCGUUGCCAAUAUGACUCCCACACCACCGUCCACGACGCCCUCCUCGGGAUCAGGUCGGUCACCCGAGGAGCAGUUUCGAGUUGUGAGGAAGAGGAACAGAGUACCUCUUAGUUGCUAUCCGUGUCGGACUAGGAAAUUGAAAUGUGACAGAGGUCACCCGUGCAGUAAUUGUGUGAAGCGCGAGGGUGGUGACGCGUCCUCAUGUUCAUACGCAACUCCUGCCACUCGUAAAAAGAACCAAAGUCAAGGCUCUUCGAGCCCCGAUGACAUGCAGAAUCGUAUUGACCGUUUAGAAGGCCUAGUUUUGUCUUUGAUGCACGGAGGUGCCACUAUUGACCCUUCAACCGCAGCAGCAGCAGCUGCCGUGACAGCCGCCUCGACAACCAAAUCAAAUACUGACAGCACGCCCACCUCGGCCAAAAUUGAUCCCGAGGACGAGACGCAAAUGCGAGAUGAUGACGAAGACAGUGAUCCCGACGGCGAGUUGGCGACAUCUUUGGGCGUAUUGAAGGUCGAUUCAGACAAGGGCAAGUCAAUGUACAUUGGCCAGGAACAUUGGCAUACGAUAUUGGCGGAUAUAUCCGAAGUGAAGACAUAUUUUGCGAAUCACAAGAAGGAUUUGGAAAAGAGCUAUGAGAAGGUUAUGAUGUCAAAGCCGGCCAGCGCCAGAGAAGGACCUACGUUCUUGCUUGGAGCCGCGCCAGCAACCGAGAUCGAAUUGCGAGCGGAAUUACCACCCAAAUCGGCCGUCCUUGCGCUCUGUUCCAGAUAUUUCAACUCGAUGGACAAUGCGGUAAACAUCAUUCACGCACCUACUUUCCAGCAACAACUACGAGCCCAUUGGCAAGACCCGUCAAAAACGCCCAUCAUGUGGCUUGGGCUGCUUUACUCGAUCCUGUGUCUCGCCAUGUUGAGCUACCACAAGGUGGGAGACGAGCCGCUGGAGUGGAAGGGGCGGACGCUGGAUCUGGCGUCCGAAUAUCGGUUGCGCACCGUCCAGUGCUUGAUUGCAGCCGAUUACACAAAACCGGUGGAAUACACCGUGGAGACGAUGCUUCUAUACGUGUUUGGAGAAUACUCUUCAAGAUGGGACGCUGAUCUGGGGCUGUGGCUGAUUGUGUCCUUGCUCACAAGAGUUGCGUUCAGGAUGGGGUACCACCGCGACGCAAAGUGGUUCCCGACGAUCACACCAUUUCAAGCAGAAAUGAGGCGACGUACUUGGGCAUUGGUAAGGAUGGCCGACGUGGUUUUCUCACACCAAGUGUCGCUGCCUUCCAUGAUCUACGGGCAUGAUUCUGACACUCAGUUGCCGAACAACAUCUUUGACGAGGAAUUUGGUCCCAACACCAAAGUUUUGCCUCCUUCACGGCCGAAGACGGAGCCCACUCCGAUUGCGUACAUGAUUGCCAAAUCCAAACUGUGCAACGAAAUGGGCGACAUUUUGCAGGCCACCAACCGUGUGGGCAGGCAACUACCGUACGACGAAAUUCUGCGGUUCGAUGCCCGACUUCGAGAGAUCAACGAUGAGAUCCCGCCUCAUCUCAAGGUUGCAGCCUUGGAAGGCUCACACGACCCGGUCACUUUGAUCAUUGCGAGGUUUAACAUCAACGUGCUUUACCUCAAGAUCCUCUGCCUGUUGCACAAGAAGUACGUGCCGCGGGCUCGGCAAAAUCCCCGAUACGCCUACUCGCGCAGAAGUGCAGUAGAGGCCGCUCUAGAGACGUUGAGGCAUUUGGUCACUCUUGACCGAGAAUCACAGCCAAGUGGCAGACUCCGAUCUUUGAGGUGGUUCGUGAACUCGAUUGCAACAAAGGACUUCCUUCUGCCGGCCAUGUUGGUUGCGCUUGAUCUUCACCACGACCGGGUUGCGGAAACGAGCGAUGACCGCAGGGCGUCAGAGUCGGCAAUGUUCUGGACCCCAGAGCAGCGAAUGGAGAUGCUUAGCAACCUCGAGCGUACCAAGGAAAUCUGGCAGGGGCUUGCGGACGGGUCAAUGGAGGCUUUCAAGGCCUCCAAGGUCCUGGAUAUCAUUAUGGAGAAGAUUAAGGGCCCAAAUCCCGAACCAGAGAUGUUCAAAAACGAAGGAUUCCCAGGUUUUGAGACAAACCCGGAAAUGCAAUCAGACCACAACGCCGCAAUGACUUUGGGCAUGCUCUCCGGUGGCAUGACGCCAAACACGGCAGCUGCCCUUGAGAGCAGUAUGCAGAGUACGAACUCGUUUAGCGGCAUGGACUUUGGAGUAUCGUUGCCCAUGACGGGCCCAGGCAUGACGCCAAACUUCCAGGGUGACAUUGGCAUGAACAAUACGGGGUCUCCGUUCUCGAUGUUUACAAAUUUCGAGUCUGGCGGAGAUUUCCCCGCCAACUUCGACUGGGUAUGUUGCGAGUCCCGCCAAUGACAUGAUGACAUGGUGACUGACUGGCAAUGGGUUAGAACGCAUUCGAGACGUACACGCAGAACGCGAACUGGGCAGCCGACACUGGCUUUGGACAGAUCUAUCCGGGUCAA